CAUCAACUAUAAGCCAUUCAAAAAUUUGCUUGAGAAACUAUCAUUUCUGUAUCUGAAAAGAACAUAGAGGCACCAAAAAAAUGGAACCAGAAGAAAACAUCAAGCCUCAUGCCAUAAUGAUACCAGUACCACUACAAGGCCACAUUGUACAAUUUAUCAAUCUUGCAAUAAAGCUUGCAUCAAAGGGUCUCACCAUAACUUUUGUCAAUACACAUUUAACUCAUCAGAGGUUGAUGAAAGCUCAAUCAAUCUCUGAAAACUCAUCGGAUUACAACAUUUUCUCCGAGGCACAGAAGUCUGGCCUUGACAUACGAUACACAACUAUAAGUGAUGGUUUCCCACUGAAUUUCGAUAGAAUGGGGAACCAUGAUCAGUUCAUGGAAGGGUUGUUCCAUGUUUUCUCAACACAUGUGGAUGAUCUUGUUGGAAAUCUUGUCAAUUCUAAUCCUCCAGUUUCCUGCUUAAUUACGGAUACUUUCUUUGUCUGGCCAUCAGCAAUCGCGAAGAAAUAUGAUCUUGUUAACAUAUCAUUCUUUACUGAAGCAGCUCUGGCAUUCACAAGUUACUAUCAUAUGGAUCUCUUAAAAAUAAAUGGUCACUUUGGUUCCCAAGAUAAUCGUGAGGACACGAUAGAUUAUAUACCAGGCGUUCAAGCUAUUGAACUAGGAGAUCUUCCUUCAUACAUUCAAGAUUCCGAGCCAUGGGGUACAAUGCACCGAUACAUAUUCAAGUCACUUGAAGAUGCAGGGAAAGCAGACAUGAUCAUUUGCAACACAGUACAAGAGCUAGAGUCCUCAACAAUAGCAGCUCUACAAGAGAAGAAGCCAUUCUAUGCACUAGGACCAAUUUUCCCAAAUGGCUUCACCAAAAGCACCAUUCCAACGAACCUAUGGAUGGAAUCAGACCCCACAGGGUGGCUAAAUGGUAAACCAAAAGGUUCAGUUAUGUACAUUUCAUUUGGGAGUCUUGCAAACAUUAGUAGACAAGAUAUUCUUGAAAUGGCUCAUGGACUUCUCCUAAGCAGAGUUAGCUUUAUUUGGGUGGUUCGUUCAGACAUCACAUGGUCAUUAGAAAGUAAUCUUUUGCCACCAAGAUUUGAAGACGACGUAAAAGACAGAGGAUUAGUGGUGUCAUGGUGUAGCCAAAUUGAUGUAAUUUCACAUCCAGCUAUCGGAGGAUUCUUGACACAUUGCGGGUGGAAUUCAGUUUUGGAGAGUAGUUGGUGCAAAGUUCCAAUGUUGUGUUUUCCUAUAUUCACUGAUCAAUUUACAAACAGAAAACUUGUGGUCAGUGAGUGGAAGGUUGGUUUUGAUCUUUGCAGUGGAAGAAUCCUCAAAAGACAGGAAAUUGCACAGAAAAUAGACUGUUUCAUCACUGAAGCCAAUAACUUAAGGAUCAAUCUAGAGGAAACGAGGAAGAAGCUCGAAGAUGCAUUAUCCGAAAACGGAUCUUCAGGAAGAAACUACAAACAAUUAAUCUGUGACAUCAAGUCCAAAAUUCAGCAGAAAAGCAAGAGUAACAAGGCAAGCUUUAUUUAGUAUGGUAACUAGAAGAAAUAUCUUUAUUGGAACAA